AACCACGCUGGAAUGAGCGGUGCUUGUUUUAUUAUUUUUUGGAACUUUUUUUUGGCUGUCUUGUACCCACCCCCCGCCCCCCAUUAUCCUUGCAAACCGAACGAAGCGCGUCGGUGUGUGGAGAGGUAUUCAUUUUCCCCCGCUAAAUGCAGUGAAGUAGAAUAGAGAGGUGUGUAAGCAAAGAAGCGCAGCAAAGCAAAAAUUAAUCACAUUCCUUACCAAUUGUCGUUCGACGCUGCUACAAGAAACAAGAUGGAGAGUAUUAGUAUGUUUGGCUGCAUUCCGAAUGCACCGACUGGAAUUCGGAUUGAACAUCCUUGGGACAAAGGGAUUCUCUUUUUGGGCCGUUAAAUUUCUGGCAUUUCUUUUUGGUCACAAUUGACCCUUAGUUGAUUGGUGGUUCCAGUACUGCGCACAUGUAAAAAAGGGUCUUAGAAAGGGAUUCGAUACCGAUCAGUUCCUGUCGAGCGACGGGCGUCUCGAGUAGCCGGGAGAUGAUUCUCCGUUUUAUAACGAUCACACUUGCUGUAGCAUCUUUAAACCCGUAAAAGAGCAUCAGUAGCCAUUCCAUUUGCAUGAUAUUCCCGUCCGUUCCUGGGACAAUUUUCUUACUUUCUGUUAUGGUCAAUCUCAUUAUCGGUUUUAUUGCUCCACCUUACUUUCCCCCAUUCGCCAUUGACACCUUUGCCCUUCCUAUAUAACCCACAUGCAACAUCCCCAUUUUCUUCUGCACACCAAUAACCACUCGAAACUCGCGCGUUAUUGCUAUUGUCGCUCGCCUUUCGUGUAUCCCCGUGACGUGUCGAAAGGUCCGGACUCAUCGGAUGAUGAAUCCGGUCCACCAACACCGGCAGCAUUGGAAGAGCAUAGCAAACGCUUCCCACUGUUGGUGGAAGAUGACCAUAGGUCACGGACGCGUUCCUCCAGCCACAGCCACCUCGAAGCUGGCACACCAACCAGAAACUCCUCGCGUCACGGUAGCAUAACGAAUUCUUCCUCGUCCGCCUGUUCCGUGGAACUGCGCCGAGAGUCCACUACCAGCAGCGGUGGUGGUGAUGUAAUCGGCCCGGUAUGCACCUGUCCGCUGCCUUCAACUCCAACGACUCCGACGACCCCACCAACGGUCGUGUGUCAGAUGUACGAUUACGAUGCCAUCUGCCCGGUGGCUGCGGAUGCUGGUUGCAAUUAUAGUAACAGUAAGGAUAAGCUAUGCAACAGACGGGCGGCUAGUAAGCCGCCACGUUCGCCGCGAAGCUCGAACGCUAGCAGCAAAAGCCGUCAGGGUAGUAGCAGUAGCAGCAGUCACGGGCAUCUGUCGGCGACGGCCGGUAGACCACCGGACAAGUGUGGACACAGCGCACCGGAGACGGACGAGCAUGAUGCAGAUGGGCGGGAAGGGUCCGGAUUCGAGUGGCGCUGGUUUCAUCGGCGCAAGCAUUCACAGGCAAAGUCCAGGAGCCGCUCGUCUAGCCAUCUGUUCGGCGGCCACAGCCCGGGUCGCACGUCCGGGAUUGGAUUCCGCACCUCGCCGGUCAGCAGUAGUUGCUGUGGUGGUGUUGGUAAAGCCGGCACCGGCCGACAUGGCCGUGCAUCAAGCCCCGAACAGGACGCUGAGUCGGAGGUUUAUGGUGGUGAGCUGCUGGAUGCUUCCUCCUCUAGUGCACCACCGGUGGUGACAGCCAUCCCGUCCACGGUGGCACGGAAUGGGUUAAAACGGCAGGGGAAACCGACCGCUAGAAAGGUGCCGACAAACCCCACGACGGUGUCGGCGGUCAUCAAUCCAGGUCAGGCUAAACCUGGUCCUCAUUAGUGUUAAUGGCUUUCGUUUCUCGAUUUUUCUUUAAUUUGUUUUUUACUCACCAAUAUACACAAAUUCUUUCUCUCUCUCUCUUUCUCUCUUUUAUCUUAGUAUACUAUAGCUGGCUCCGCUGUACUAUGUUAUGUUUGUUUAAUAUAAGCAAAGCUGCAUACAUACUUCAGGUCGUUAUAGUUUUCUGUUGUCCAUCGUUGCAAUAGUCGUUUCCGUUUGUCUGUGCUUUUCUGUCCACCGCUGAUUGCCACCUAUAUGUUGCUGAUUAUCUCUGUAUGGACACGUUCCCGGUUCGAGAAGUUUUGUUUUGUGUUGUUGAUGCUUCCUGCACAGUCCCGUUCGUCCCUAAUUCCUUGGCGUUACGUGUGUUAGGACCCUCAGCUAGUCUUGUGUCAACUUUGGUGAGCUAGUUCACACGAUUCAGCAAAGAACUCAGCCAGGUCUCAUGCGAACUAUCAGUUGAAAAGGUUUACGAGGCAACAGUCUCGUGAGCCUCCGUGGUAUAAACACUUAUGAGCACUCUGCCUUGAAUAUCGUGAAACAUAUGUACCUCAAUAGCUCAUUUGGUCCGGAUGUCAAGUCGUACCGUUGGUUGGAUGUGUUCUAGUCCCUGUUCAAUCAGUAGACAAGCAUGAGCAAUUUCUCCAAUUCGAGUCCCCUCAGAACAUUUGUAAAGGAAGGGUACCCCUAUUACCAACCACGAGCUAGCUCACUGGCAAAUCGCUCAGUAGAACAAUGACACCUCCACAUCCCUUGCUCCACAAAUAUGUCCCGCUGCAUCAAAACAAUUCUAGUCUGGCCGGUUUGCUGCUGGCCGCUCUGCCCGUCCUGUAUGCCGCUGUCAUUCUGUCUGUUUGCUCUGCUGUAUAUCUUAUCGAACGAUUUAUCUUUCUUACUUUCUUUUAAUCUGUUUUCCAGUCCUUGCUCGUUUCAGGAACAACGCCGUCUUUGUUUGCUGCAAGCUGUUUAAACUGCUCUUUAUGUGUUUGCGUGUCCUUUCUUCUCUACCCGCUGCGCUAAUAGCACACGCAGCUCACCCCAUACACUAGCUCCCACAACCAUGUCCAGUGCACCUACCUUAACCUACAUAAACCUCCUGUGUUCCUCCUUCUCCUGAUCGUUGCUAUCGGAUUUUUUUUCCAACGUCCCAAAACGUUAUUUGCACCAGUUGCGUCCCUUUUAAAGCGCUAUGUUUCUCCUUAGUAGAUUUAUAUUUUUGUUUGUUUCAUUAGUUGCAUUCUAUCAAGGUGCGCAACCAAGUUCUUGACGUUAGGUAAUAUCGCUGGUACACACCACUUUAAAGAUUGAUGGGAUUGGCUCGUUAUUGCAGUUUUUGGAAGAUUGAUGGUGGAUUUGUGGAUUUAAUUUAACCUGCAACGGGUGAAUCGAGUUUAUCCGAUGGGAUUUGGUAUCGAUCUAACCGCGCGGCGUCACUACCGGUGGGCUCGCGCCAGUUAUUCGGUGCCAAUAGCUCACAAUAGACAACACCGAUCGGGUCCCACCCAAUCCACGUGUUCAGAUGAUUGGAUACAUGUGAGGCUCUUUUUUUCGGUACUCAUACUCUGGGUUAUGGGCAAACAUUUUCCACUGGAUUAGGGUCCUUCCACGGACAAAUGGCGGAAUCUUAGUUGCGCACCUUACAUCCAGAGCACGCUUUCCACUUGGUGAUCGUGAUUCCCAUGCAUAAAAUCCCUGCCUUCCUUUUUUUGCAAUCGUUCUAGGCAAAGUUGUACGAGUAACGAUUAUCGUCCCGUUUACCUUCUGUAUUCUGUGUGUAUGUCUUUACUCUCCUUAGUUAGAAAUGUGAUUGGAACGCAGAACAUACAGCAAAUUGAAAUUCGUGUAGCGGCUAAAAUAGUGAACACAAUUGAUGAGCAAGAGGAUGUGUAUGAUUAAAUUUGGAUUGUGCGUAACACACAUGUGACAACUUCUGCUACUACUGCUGUGUGACCAAAGCCCAACCAACACCACGUGUAUACUGUACUGUUCUGAAGCUACUGUAACCAUUCCCACGCUUUCGAUAAUGUGUUUUAUUUCUUACCAAACUUCUGCUGCUUUGUUUUUUACCUUUGUACAUUACGUAGCAUACGACAAAAGCAUUUGUUUUAGCAAGCAAACAAGCAAAUGUAUAAAGCAUCUCUCUCUCUCUCUCUCUGUAUUAUGGAUGGUGUUGAUCAAACAAUCAAACUUUUCCGACAGCACACAAGCGUCAUGUAUCUUGUACUCUCUUUUUUUUAUUCUAUCUUUGGUUUCUUUAAUAAGUUGUGUACAUGUGACUCCGUAUAGUCCGUUGUUUUUGUUUUGCAGGAUGCAGGGUGUUUUGUUAUAUAGCCGAUCUUUCCGAAGCACUGACACCAUUUUGUUUUCCUUUUUUACUUUAAUGGGAUGGGGUUUUCUUUUCGGGCCUCCGGUAACCUGCCUUCAUUGCUAAUGAUGUCCCUUCUUCUCUGUUUCUCCUCUGUAACCGUCCUUU